CCUUGCGGGCUUUACAUCAAUGACACUGCUGCUUUGCGGGCUUCAAUCACUCCCUCCAACACGAUGACGGAAGAAUUUGGUCAUGGCUCAUUGCUGUUCCGAAAGGCCGUCGUCGUUGGGAUCAUGAUGUCUCCCGCUGGCGAUGAUGUUGUUACAGAUGAGACUACUCAUACCACUACCACAAGUCCACAAGAAGAAGGCAUCAUGGUGGAAGUGAACGCAGCAGCAGCACCACGGCGUCUCGUCAUCUCGGAUUAUUAUAAACCUGACGAAUCAUGGAUGGACGUCUUUGAGAAUCUGCCCAUUCUCUUGUCACCAUCGAUUCAAGAAAUCAUUGUUGAUCGACGUGAUUUCAUAGAAUCCCUCAGUGAAGACCAGUUGAUGCAAGUCAUGAUCUGGAUCAGUCGUCUUCCAUUUCUUGAGCGACUCUCGUUAUCCUUUGUCCAACAACCGGGUGAGCCAUUGCCGUUGACCAUGACGGCUCUUUCCACGGUACUACUACACCGACAACAACCCUUGCAGUAUCUCGAAGUGGCGUGGGUAUGUCUACAGGGGACCGAACCAGAAUGGCAUGAAUUGCUCCACGUUCUCUCCACACGAUACUCCUUGAAGGAAGUCAAGUUUCGCAAUCUUUGUUUGAAUCCAGAUCAUCAACAGCCCCAAUCAUCAAUAUCAGCCAGUAGUCAAGAAGAAUCAGUAUCAGUAUUUGAACCACAACUCCACGACUUGCUCCACGUAUUGGCGCACUUGCCAUCACUGGAAGAAGUCUUUGUCUUGGAUGCUCACCGCAUCAUUCAUGAUUGGAGAAUGCCAGAUCCCAACACGGCACUUCCACAAUUGGCCAGCAGCACCAGUCUCCAAACACUUUGUCUCAUGAUACCCCUGUCUCGUCCACAAGUACAACAAUUGGCACGCACGAUGACGACUUGUCAUCAUUUUUUAGAACGGCUCGCACUCUUUCGUUGUCAAGUCAAUGAUGAGGGAUGUGGCCAAUUGGCACACAUGUUGCACUAUAAUACCCGACUUCAAAUACUACGGCUGGAUGACAAUCGCAUAUCCACACGCGGGUGUGUCGCACUGGCAAACGCGUUGCGAGUCAAUACGACCUUGCGCAUACUCGAUCUCAAGGGGAAUGCCGGUAUUGAACGAGCGGGCUACCAAGCAUUGUGUGACACGUUGGAAUUUGAUAAUUUUGGUCUCAUGGGAUUGGAAAUGGAACCACCACAACAACAACAAGACAAUGAUGAUGAUGAUGAUAUUAUGGUUGCGACGGCACGCAGUGAAACGAAUACAUGUAGCAGCACUGGACAAAUACAAGACAAGAUUCGAUUGUUCCUCAAGCUCAAUGAACAAGCACGGAGAGUUUUCUUGCGGCACGUCAAUCAUCGAGCACUCUUUGUGGAUUGCCUGCAUCACUUUCGAGAGGAACCAGACUUUUUGUUCUACUAUCUACAGGCCAAUCCUGUCGUCUGCCAAGUGGACUGAGAAGAAGUUGCUUCAGCGGAGAAUGGAAGGUAUUGUUCUUUCUGUAUGGCGACCGUGGUGAUUGCUUCUUCUCGCCCAGUCAACGAAGUCGUUUGGCCUAUGGAGUUGAGUCCUUUUGGUUGAUUUGAGGCUCCCAUGAAUGGAUAUGCUAGCGCUAUAAAGUAACGUUGAAGAUACCUUUUGAUCGCAAAGUAAACUUGCAUCAUGGGCCUGAACGCCCUGUGCUUUGUGGUGUA